AUGACGGGCCUGGGGCCGGACCAGGAGUUCGACUUCGACUUUCUUUUUGAGUUCGACCAGGGCGACGACUGCGCCCCCGGAGAACACUACAGCUAUGCACCCUCUGGUCUCAGCUCCAGCCUGUCGCUCAGCUCGGCGCACCCAGUGCUGCCCACCCCCUGCCACGAGCUGCAGACACCCAAUCCCGUCAUCUCCGUCCUCCCAUCGGCGGGCCACCCCUCGGGGUACGGCAGCGCGGGGGACAGUGCGCCCGCCAGCUACUUCCUGCCCACAGGUGGCGCCCGGCCCAACGGCGCCCCGACACUGGAGAGCCCCCGGAUCGAGAUCACCUCCUACCUGGGCCUGCACCAUGGUGGCAGCCCCUUCUUCCACGAGGUGGAGGUGGAUGAGGCUGGGCCUGGAGCCAGGCGGGCCCCCGCCACGGCCACCCUGCCCCUGCCUGGCCUCGAGGCCUACCGGGACCCCAGCUGCCUGAGCCCAGCCAGCAGCUUGUCAUCACGCAGCUGCAACUCGGAGGCCUCCUCCUACGAGUCCAACUACUCAUACCCCUACGCCUCCCCGCAGACGUCGCCCUGGCAGUCUCCCUGCGUGUCCCCCAAGACCACCGACCCCGAGGACGGCUUCCCACGCGGGCUGGGCGCCUGCACAUUGCUGGCCUCGCCUCGCCACUCACCAUGUGCCUCUCCGCGGGCAAGCGUCACCGAGGAGAGCUGGCUGGGGGCGCGGGGCUCGCGCCCCUCCUCGCCAUGCAACAAGCGCAAGUACAGCCUGCAUGGCCGCCAUGUAUCCUGCUCACCGCAGCCCUCGCCCACGCCGUCCCCACAGGGCUCCCCGCGCGUCAGCGUCACCGAUGACACCUGGCUGGGCGACUCCACGCAGUUCACCAGCUCGGCCAUCGUGGCCGCCAUCAACGCCCUGUCCACCGACGGUGCGCUCGAUCUGGGCGACGGGGUGCCGGUCAAAGCGCGCAAGACGGCACUGGAGCACACGGCCACCAUGGCGCUGAAGGUAGAGCCCCCUGGCGAAGACCCUGGCGCCCCACUGCCCGCUGCCUUCGCCCCUGAGGAAUUCCCUGCCUUCCAGCACAUCAGAAAGGGAGCUUUCUGCGACCAGUACCUCUCAGUGCCACAAGGCCCCUGCCCCUGGGUGAAGCCCAAGCUCCUGUCGCCAGUCUCCUACAUGAGCCCGUCCCUACCCGCCCUCGACUGGCAGCUGCCGCCUCACUCCGGACCCUAUGAGCUUCGCAUCGAGGUACAGCCCAAGCCCCACCACAGGGCCCACUACGAGACUGAAGGAAGCAGGGGAGCUGUGAAGGCGUCAGCAGGAGGACACCCCGUUGUGCAGCUACACGGUUACCUGGAAAGCGAGCCUCUCACGCUCCAGCUGUUCAUCGGGACCGCGGACGACCGCCUGCUGAGGCCCCACGCCUUCUACCAGGUCCACCGCAUCACAGGGAAGACCGUCUCCACCACCAGCCACGAGACCGUCCUCUCCAACACCAAGGUCCUGGAGAUCCUGCUGCUGCCUGAGAACAACAUGCGGGCCAUCAUCGACUGUGCGGGGAUCCUGAAGCUCAGGAACUCGGACAUCGAGCUUCGGAAAGGGGAGACGGACAUCGGCAGGAAGAACACCCGAGUGAGGCUGGUCUUCCGCGUCCACAUCCCGCAGCCCGGCGGCCGGACCUUGUCCCUGCAGGUUGCGUCCAGCCCCAUCGAAUGCUCCCAGCGGUCGGCGCAGGAGCUGCCCCUGGUGGAGAAGCAGAGCACCGACAGCUACCUCGUGGUGGGCGGCUCAAAGAUGGUGCUGUCGGGGCACAACUUCCUGCAGGACUCCAAGGUCAUCUUUGUGGAGAAAGCGCCAGAUGGCCACCAUGUCUGGGAGAUGGAAGCGAAAACCGACCGAGAAAUGUGCAAGCCAAACUCACUGGUGGUGGAGAUCCCGCCUUUCCGCAACCAGAGGAUCACCAGCCCCGUGCAGGUCAGCUUCUACGUCUGCAACGGCAAGAGGAAGAGAAGCCAGUACCAGCACUUCACCUACCUGCCCGCUCACGUUCCGAUGAUAAAAACAGAACCCAGUGACGACUUUGAGCCUGCGCCAGCCUGCGGACCAACAAUCCCGGGGCUCGGCCCCCUCUCAAAGCCCUUCUUCGGCCAGCAGCUGCUUCUGCCCUCCGACCCUGGGGCCUGCCUGCUGACCGGCUUCACGUCCUGCCAGCAGAAAAGCCCAGUGAUGGCCCCUCCGCCCAGCACGAGCCCGAAGCUUCAGGACCUCUCCACUGCCACCUUCACCAAGGGCAGCCCCGGCGCCGGCCACAGCCGCCUUGGCCUCCAGCAGUCCACCGCUGGAGGGCCUGCCACUGCUCAGGAAGUGCCAAGACCCCGAGCUGCCUCCCAGUCACCUCAAGGCUCACUGCCCCCGCCUCCGCUGCAGUAAACGAAGUCAUCCGCAACGACCUACGCAGCACGAGCAACCCCUCUUAGUCUGCAAUGCCGGGGUCCCCAGAGGCCGCCACGUGCCCACCGAGGUCAACCCACCCUCCGCACCAAUGAUUUCUGCCAAGCAAGUGGGGACGUUGCCUGGAACCUCUCAGCUCUCCUGGGUCCUGUGUGUCCGGGGCUGAAGGCCUGGCGUGGGCGCACCCAGAAGGAGGGACGGAGCCAGACAACAGCCCCCACCUUCUGGAGGAAAAGCCAUCUCAAGCAGAAACAUGUGGGGGUGGCAUGCUGUGUAGCCCCCCUCCUGUGGGGCCUCUUCUGGGGCCUAGUGUUGAAGUCUGACCCCAAGAUGUGCCCUCUGGGCACGGGGUCCCAGUCCCGCACAUAGCUUCCUGUGUAGGUUGUGACAGGCUGAGGGCUGGGGGGACCCCAGAUAUGAGUGUCUUCCCUCUCCUCAGCUUCUCCCGGGCUGCCAUGGGCCAUCACGUGGCCCCUUCCGUGUGGUGUGGACUCUUCCCAGUGGUCAUCUCAGGCCUCUCCAUGUGGACUGCCCUCCCGCUGUCUGCCACUCAGUGCUGGGUUGUCGGCAGGUACCAGCCAGGCGUCCUGCCUCUAACCCAGCUCCCAGGACAGCACCAGCAAGGCGACCAGCACCAGGAAGGGCCAUCGGACAGAAGCCGCCUCUUUGUGUAGCCAGCCUGCGUCUGCAUGCGUGUACAUACGCAGGCAUGUAUUUAUAUGCACAUACCAGGGAGGCUGUCGGCCUCACCAAGAGGCUCUCACAGCUCGCCGUAGGCACGUCCACUUUGGGAUGCUCAUCUAGGACCCCAGUCCAACCGGUCAGCAUCUCCCGCCCCAAGCUCACGCAGUUACACAAGCACUUUAGACAGCAAAGGCCUUCGAAACACACACACGUCACCACACGGCAAAGUUGGAAAGGGACUGUAAAUAUCGUUAUAAAAGGAGUGUAAUAUAUUUGUCCAGUUAUAAUAUUACUACUUCACUGAAGCCUUAUAACUCUGCUUCGUCUAUGAGAAAAUAUUACCAAAAACUAUGUUUCAGUAGCAGUCAUGUCUGUGUUCCAGUUAGUCCCCGUUAGCAGAUAGUUUAGCGUAGCCUCUGCUGUUGCAUUUUGUAUCGCUAACAGCUUAUUACACUCUGUGACUAGCAGUGACCCACUGUUUCAUAGGACAAGGGGCAGGGUCUGACAGCCAUGGUUGACCUAAGAAACUGUGCCUUGGGAGUCAACGCCACCCUGUGGAACAUGCCUGAACUGCACCAGGGUGGUGGCUGUAAGUUGUCAAGAAACGCAGAAAAGAGCUCUCUCACAGAAAGCAUCGGUUUUUGAAUGUUCUUCUGUGCCGCGCUGUCUUACCCUCUUUCACGUUUUUAACUCGCAGAAAGAACCGUCCUCUCUGCUAGCUAUAUCUAUAACGUUUGCACCCAGGGGCGACACACCAUGGGCACAGGCUGCCUGCAGAGGGGCCUGCCCCCACCCCCACCCCCGCCUGCGCCCGGAGCCCACCGCCCAUGGCCAGCCCUAGCCCCUGCAUGCAAUCCCCCAGUAGAUGGUCCUGCGCCCAGGAAGACGUCUGGUAUCUGCACCGCUGUCUUGUAGUCUGAGCAUAGACCCAAUAAAGCAGUAUUCUUUGUGUGA